AUGCUGUCUCAGUCUCAGAAAUCGCGGUGGGUUAAGACCGGCACGCUGGUUCUGAUACUGGUCUGCCUGUUCUGGUGGCUGUCACCGACCGGCGUCGAGGUAUACAACAAGAGCCCAUUGGGCAGUGAAGAAGGCUCUGUGAGCAAGGCUCCCGCUUCUGCUCCCGCUGCUGCUCCCGUCGCCAAUGUCCCCGCCUCCAACAAAGAUGCCACCUCCAACAAGGACACCGCCGCCGCUGGCAACGGCGCUCCCAACAGUGGCCAGGCUCCCUCAGACUCUUCUUACGGCACCGAUAAGUGUUCCAAGUCGUACUCCAAGGACAAGCCCAUCGUUCAGUAUGUCCUCAUGAUCGAUGCUGGCAGCACUGGCUCCCGAAUCCACGUCUACAAAUUCAACAACUGCGGUCCCAUCCCCGAGCUGGAGAAGGAAGAGUUCAAGAUGACUGAGAAAUCCGUCGGUGGCUUGAGUGCCUUUAAGAACGACCCCGUCGGUGCUGCCAAGAGUCUUGAUGUUCUCAUGGCCGUUGCCAUGGAACACGUCCCGGAUGCGCUGAAGAAGUGCUCUCCCGUUGCUGUCAAGGCUACCGCUGGCUUGCGUUUGAUUGGAAAGGAACUUGCCGAUGCCAUCUUGGUUGAGGUCAGACGACACUUGGAGCAGGACUACCCCUUCCCCGUUGUUUCUGCCGAACAGAACGGUAUCGCCAUCAUGGACGGCUCGGACGAAGGUGUCUAUGCUUGGAUCACUACCAACUACCUGCUUGGCAAGAUUGGCGGCCCUGACAAGAGUGAGACCGCUGCUGUAUUCGAUCUCGGUGGCGGUUCAACCCAGAUUGUCUUUGAGCCUACCUUUAAGGGCGCCCCAGACGGAGGCAUGCCUGAGAAGCUGGCUCCUGGCGACCACAAGUACGAGCUUGACUUUGGCGGCCACAAAUUCGACCUCUACCAGCACUCUCACCUUGGCUAUGGCUUGAUGUCUGCUCGCAAGGCUCUGCACUCCGCCCUGAUUGAUGAUUUGGCCAAGUCUAAGAAAGAUGACGAAACCUGGAAGAAGUCCCCGAUUGUGCACCCUUGUAUCGCUCCCGGCACCACCAAGCAAAUUGACGUCGAGGUCAACGGUGGUGAAGCACAAACCUUCAACUUCACUGGCCCGUCUUCACCCGCUCCUGCUCAGUGCCGCAACCUGGCUGAGAAGAUCUUGAAAAAGGAAGCCGACUGCAAGCUUGCUCCCUGCUCUUUCAACGGCGUCCACCAGCCUAUCCUGUCCAAGACAUUUGCCAAGGAGGAUGUCUACAUCUUCUCUUACUUCUACGACCGCACAAAGCCCCUCGGCAUGCCCGACUCUUUCACUCUCCGCGAGAUGCACGAUCUUACCGACAAGGUAUGUGCCGGCAAGGACUCCUGGGAUGUCUUUUCCAGCGUCCCCGGUGCCCUGGAGGAGCUUGCGGACCGUCCCGAGCACUGCUUGGAUUUGAACUUUAUGAUGGCGCUGCUGCACACUGGAUACGAGAUGCCCAUUGACCGCGAGGUCAAGAUUGCGAAGAAGAUCAAGGGCAAUGAGCUGGGCUGGUGCCUUGGCGCUAGGUAA